UCCACUUCCUCUUGUCAACAACCAAAGCCGCUAAAAAGUAAAAAAGCGUCCAUUGAAGAACAAUCGAAAGUGCAUCAUCAAUCAACAUUCACUGGAGGUCCAAUAGGAAGGAAUCAGCAUACCAAUGAGGAUGAUGACUUCCACCACCACAUCCUACUUUCCCCUCCAUCUGAAAACAAACCUCCUUGUCUUUCCCUCCAACAACGUUAACAGCCACGACAUGAACAACAACUGCUGCUAUGCCACGGGAAGGAGUUAUUAUUCCAUUACUAGUAGCGGCGGUCAAAUUAAAAGGAAGUGGGUUCUACGUGCCACCAGCAGCAACCAAGGGGUGGUCGAAACCUCUUUAACUUCACUAGAUUCUGCUUCAACUGUUGUCAGGAAGUUUUAUCAAGGAAUCAAUGGCCAUGAUUUGGGCUCAGUUGAGAACCUUAUCGCUGAGAGUUGUGUUUAUGAGGACCUUAUCUUCCCUCAACCCUUUGUCGGCCGGAAGGCAAUCCUAGAUUUCUUCAAGAAGUUCAUUGAUUCUAUCAGCACUGAUCUGCAAUUUGUUAUUGAUGAUAUAUCUGAGGAUGAUGUUUCUCGUGUGGGAGUUACAUGGCACUUGGAGUGGAAACGAAAGCCUUUUCCAUUUAGCAAGGGUUGCAGCUUUUAUCGAUUAGAAGUUAUGAAUGGCCAGAGACAAAUAAUUUAUGGGAGAGACAGUGUGGAACCUGCAGUAAAGCCUGGAGAGUCAGCUCUGGUUGCCAUUAGAGGUGUCACUUGGUUACUGCAGCAGUUUCCGCAAUUGGCAGAGCGUUUAUGAGUUAUGACUGAAGCAUUUGUUGAUUGUACAAAAUUUUCUCUUUUCUUUUUCCUUUUACACAAUAGAUUCCUGUAAAGCAUUUGCAAUACUGCAGCAGCAAAUCUGGAUCACAUCAUUAGUCGGUGCAGUAGUCAUACUUCAGUGUAUAAAAUCUACUGAAAGAAGUGAUCGUCAGUUCAUUACCUCUGGAAAAACUGCUGAAAGUUUGUCUAUUGGUGUAUGUCAAUCAGAAUAGAAUCUGCAGAUAGCAUUUAUUUCAUGUACAUAGCAGUUCUUGCAACAAAAUUUGAUA